AUCGCUGAAAUCAACAGCCAGUUGCCAUGGCAGCGGCUGAAGAUACUGUCCAUACAUUUUUGUUUUAGCGAAAUAUCUUAAGUUUUGGGCUUUAAACGAUUAUAACCGUUAGUUGUUUCGCCCUAUUAUGUCUAGUUGUAUGUGAGUUCAUAUUUCUAUCAAUAAAGACUGAGUAGCGAUUUAUCAGUGCUCAUCAUUUCGGGUUUAAGGGUAAUACUGUACUAACAAGCUAGAGAGGCACUAUUAAAUGCAAUAUUUUUUUUUCAAAUACAGCCAAUGCAUGAUGCUAUUUAAACAUUUACUUUUAAGAAUAUCUGUUUCACUGGACUUUGACGCUUUCUAAGUGAUAACAAUGUAGUUGCCUCUAGUAAACACCAGAUGGCGAUGUCUUAGCUUUAUACAUAGCGCUAGAGACGCCGCUGGGAUCGCACACAACUGGAUGCUUGUGCGUUUUUUGGAAAUGGUCAUACCCACCCUGUGUGGGCAGAGUAAGUAGAGCUGUGGACUGGACUAUCUCAAGCAGACCGAUUUAAUCAGCGGAAUGUCUUCGCGAGCUGCUCUUCAGAGUGGAAACUAAGACGGUGAACGACAGCGGUUCCUCCCGGGGCGAUGGGCUGGUGUGCAGGUGAACUGACGUGAGAGCAGGAUCCCCGUAUGAAGACUGCUUUGGUCCGCUGGCACAUGGGAGCUGUGACACUCCGCAUUUUGACAUUUUAAGGACACUCUCCUGAGGAGGCCACAGAGACAUGUCAAGAGACAGCAUGACAGAUGUACGAGGAAGCCAUUCACAAAACGCUAGCCCAGCUUUGCCCAAAGAGAACGGGCACACUACGCCGAGUCCACCUCAACCCAACUUUCCCCAUCCCUCAGAGACGACCAUACCCGACGAUACCCCAGCGUCAUCCACCAGCGAGCUGACCCAGACCUGGGUCCACUUUGCUAAGACAUUUGUGCUCAUUUUCCCCAUUUACGCACUUGGUUAUUUUGAGUUCAGUUUCAGCUGGCUGCUUAUUGGACUUGUGAUCUUUUUCUGGUGGAGGAGGAACACAGGAGGAAAACAAAGCCGACUGAGCCGAGCAAUAGCUUUCUUUGAGCAAGAGGAGCAAAGUGCCAAAUGUGCUCUCACCACCUCUGAUUUACCACCAUGGGUCCACUUUCCAGAUGUAGAGCGGGUGGAGUGGCUGAACAAGACUGUGAAACAGAUGUGGCCCUACAUCUGCCAGUUUGUGGAAAAACUGUUCCACGACGUGAUCGAGCCGGCGGUGAAGGAGUCCAACGCCCACCUCAGCACCUUCUCCUUCACCAAGUUCGACAUGGGAGACAAACCGCUGAGGAUCAACGGGGUCAAGGUUUACACGGAAAACGUGGAUAAGCGACAGAUCAUUAUGGACCUGCAGAUCAGCUUUGUUGGCAACACUGAGAUCGAAGUAGACAUCAAACGCUACUACUGCAAAGCUGGCAUCAAGAGCAUCCAGAUCCACGGUGUGUUGAGAGUGGUGAUGGAGCCGUUGCUGGGUGAUAUACCUCUCGUCGGAGCUCUGUCUUUGUUCUUCCUGAAGAAGCCACUUGUGGACAUAAACUGGACCGGCCUCUCCAAUAUACUGGAUAUUCCUGGGCUCAAUGGCUUCUCUGACAGUCUGAUUCAAGACAUUAUCUACAGUUAUUUGGUAUUACCCAACAGAAUCACUAUCCCACUGGUCGGAACGGUGGAGCUGGCCAAGCUGCGCUUUCCAAUGCCAAAGGGAGUCCUAAGGAUUCACUUCCUGGAGGCUCAAGAUCUAGAAGGGAAGGAUACAUUUCUGGGAGGGUUGAUCAAAGGCAAGUCUGACCCCUAUGGUAUCCUGCAGAUCGGCAACCAGCUGUUUCAGAGCAAGACAAUUAAGGAAAGCCUUAAUCCCAAGUGGAACGAAGUGUACGAGGCACUGGUGUAUGAGCACUCAGGUCAGCAUCUUGAGAUUGAGCUAUUUGAUGAGGAUCCAGACCAAGAUGACUUCCUGGGGAGCCUCAUGAUUGAUAUGACAGAGCUGCACAAAGAACAGAAAGUUGAUAUGUGGUUUGAUCUUGAAGAAGCAACUACUGGGAAACUCCACAUGAAACUGGAGUGGCUAUCGCUGCUCUCCACUUCUGAAAAAUUGGACCAGGUUCUGCAAAGCGUGCGCGCAGACAGAAGCCUCGCCAACGACGGACUGUCAUCAGCGCUGCUGGUGGUCUAUCUGGACUCGGCAAAGAACCUGCCAAGCGUCUUCUCAGGCAGCUUAGGCUGUGGAAACUUAAGUGAGAGGAGAGCUUCUGGCCUAGUCUUUUGUGAGAGCAAUACUUCAGAGUAUAAAACAAUAUGUAGCAACCUGUCAGAUUUCACCUAUGACGGGUUGAAGCAAGUCUCAGUCUUUAAGGCCCUGAAGUCUGCUAAGAAGAAUACCAGCGACCCCAGCCCUUAUGUUCAUUUCAGAGUUGGACAUAAAACACUUGAAAGUAAGAUCCGGUACAAAACUAAGGAGCCCCUGUGGGAAGACUGUUUUUCAUUCCUGGUCCAUAACCCGAGGAGGCAGGAGCUCGAGGUGGAGAUCCUGUCCUUGGAGAAACAAGUGUCCUCAGACCAGCCUUCUUCAGUCCAGGUCAACAAGUCCGGCGUGCCACAGGCACCCCCAGCCUCGUCCCUGAGACCAUCAGUCUCAGAUUCGCCGCUGCCUCCGCCCACGCAUUCGCAUUUGCAUCCUAUAGAAGCUUCCACUCUCAACCUCAAGGACAGGGACGGCGAGCCGUACGGAGCCAGCCAUCGCUACAGUACCACCAACCUGACCACCGCCAUGUCAAGCUCCCAGAAACACCUGCCGCACAACAAGUCCACAGCCAGCCUGGCAUCGGAUAUCUCCCUGCCUAUUGCCACCGUGGAGCUUCAGCAAAGGCUUCGUCAGCUGCAGAACGGCUCGGCCCCCAGCCAGUACCCCCUGGGUGAGAUCCAGCUGACUGUUCGACACAGCUCCCAGAGGAAUAAACUCAUUGUGGUGGUGCAUGCCUGCCGCAACUUGAUAGCCUUCACCAAAGACGGCUCGGACCCCUUCAUACGCCUCUAUUUGCUGCCUGACAAGAGCCGGACGGGGAAGAGGAAGACAAGCACAAUGAAGAGGACUCUUAAUCCUGUUUACGAUCAGACGUUUGAGUUUAGUGUAUCUAUUGUGGAGCUCCACAGGAGAACUCUGGAUGUUGCUGUGAAGAAUGGAGGGAGCAUCCUGUCCAAACACAAAGGGCUCCUGGGAAAGGUUCUGGUGGAUUUAAGUGGAGAUGACAUAGCAAAAGGAAUCACACAGUGGUAUUAUCUAAGUGAAGAUGGUUUGUCGUCUCAAGCCACAAAAAGUAUUCAAGACCCCGUCGUCACGUAGUGGCACCACCUCUCUUCUGUAACAUAGUUAUCUUGUUAACCUAAGGGCACAUCCUUCUGUUGUAUUCAUAUAUAAUUUCCAUUUAGUUAACAGGAAUAAUUUAAUCAUGUUUAGUUUUAUUUUUGUCAAAAUUUCCUGUUAAUCUUUCAUGAGCCUGAUUGGAAGAUGUUGUAACAUAUUUUAAUGUGUUCAAACACACUGACUGCCUUGUCUCUGUUUUCAGUGUUUUAAUGUAAAUAUAUAUAGUUAUAAGAAUUUGCAGGGGUUUUCAUGGCAUUAUACUUACCUUGGAGGAGUCGUGUUGAAAUCUGUCACGAUUCUUAUGACUUUGUAUCCGGUUUGUUAAAAUGUGAAGAAUUUUCAUUUGUUGUCUGAGAAAACUAACCAAAGGAACUGAUGCACACAAAUAUAGGCUUAAGUAGCAGUCCUGAUUUUAGAUUUUGAUUUUCCUUUGGCACGCAGUGUUGAUUGAUCGCUUACCUCUCAUUAUUAAUGCUUGAUUACAAACAUGGAAUGCCGAUAUGCAAAGAAUAAAACGACUGCUGUGCUGUGUAUAUUUUAGGAGAUUUGUGCAAUGGUGGUUGAUUCUGAAUGAGAUUUGGGGACAUUUUAGGGCUAUGAGAAAGCUCUGUGCAUUAUGCAAAGGAUACUUGAAUAAGGGUUUGACUGUUUUCAAACUAAAUGUAAGUUGAAAAAACUGAAAAACAUGAACAGGGACAACAGUUUUUGCAUUUUAUGAGCAGGGCUGCCAGAGUCUGUGUCAAGAUGAUGCAUCCUUGUCGUGCUUGUGUAUGUUUUUGCCUUGCAGUUAUGAGUUUCAUGGGAGCUGUUAAAUACAUUUCUGGUUAUCUAUCCUGUGCCUUAAAAAAUCCACACAAAUAUAAUUUACUUGCCUUCUUAUUGUUAUUAUUUUGGAUGGCUUUUGAUGAAUACAUGUUUUAUCUUGUGAAAGUUGGUGUGCUUUUUUUAAUACCCCAUUUUCAUGUGCUUCUGUGAUGUUCCCCAAAUUUUGCAACUUUGUUGUGCUUAAAGUCGUGCUUAAAUUUGGAAUAUGAAAA